AAAAAACAGAGGUUGUCAACAAAGCUAGCUUCAGGACUGUGACAUCACUUCCUGUUUUAGAUUAAAAAAAAAACAGACAGGGAAGCCAUUAGCCAUUAGCCCACAGGAUCGUUUGCUUCUGGUGUUCAGGGCUGACAUAUUAAUGUCUUUGGACUCUAUUCCAUAAUGAGUCCAGUAAAGUACCACACCCUACAGCGACGACUCAUGUCUUCAUUGUGGAUGGAGUUUAGCUUAAUGUUUUGUCUUCAGUUCCCACACUGAGUUGAGAACAUUACAGUACCCAAUGGAUAUUCAUGGAAAAAUCCGAGAGGUGCUGUCUGAGACCAUGAGGGAGGACCAAGGUCCAGCACAUCGAGUCCUGUCCGAGGCAGACUUCCUCCAUGCACUGCAGCGCAGAGGCAUCAUUGAUGAUGCAAUGAAGGACAUACUCUCCUCUCAGGAUGGACAUGGACAAGCAAGGUCUCCUCCAAAAUCUGUCCCUCUCUUGACUGAUAAACAGAACAUCCAGCUGACAAAAAGCAAUAUUGACAUGUGCAGACGUUACUUGUAUCUGCAAGUGCUUGGUGGUAAGGCCUUCUUGGAGCACCUCCAGGAGCCAGAGCCUUUACCUGGUCAUGUGUGCUCCACAUUCACUUUAUUCCUGCACUUCAAAAAUCAAAGGUUUCACUCUAAACCAGUGCCCUGUGCUUGUGAACCUGACCUGCAAGAGGGCUUCCUCUUCCAUAUCCACACAGAUGGCGCAGGCGAAAGCAAUAAGAUGGCAGAUGCAACCACAAUGCUGUCCAUUUCCGACCCGAUUCACUUGGUGCUGAUCAAGACGGACACAUCCAGUGAGACCACACUGGUCUCUUCCUACUUCCUGGACUGGAGGACAGUCCUCAGCUCUCCCAGUGGGAAGACUAGCUUGGCUGUAGAACUGAUGGGAGUGGGAAGUGAAUGCAAGUUGCCGGCUGGUGUUUUAACAGUCAGUCUGGAGCUGUAUCCUCCUCUCACAGCGACGCUGAGUCCUGACAUCAUUAGCACACAACAAUCCCUAGAAAGGCAGAGGACAGCAGAAAAGGAGAGGGUAUUUCUGGUGUAUGCCAAACAGUGGUGGAGGGAGUUUCUUGAAAUCCGCUCAUCAAACGAGUCCAAAAUGGUCAAAAUAUUUGCACAGGAUGAGAAUGGCAUCAACAGGCCAGUGUGUUCCUACGUGCGUGUCCUCAGGGCCAGUCGACUGCUGGAAAGCCCUCGGCAGGCGGCCCGCUUUGUCAGCCUCCUGGCCCAUGAAAAGGCCCCAAUAGUAGGAGGAGGAGGCAAACAUGAGCAGUGGUGCACAUUAUUGGCAUUCCUGUGUAGAGGGAAGGGGGACUGUGAGGACCACUCGACACUGUUGUGUAGCCUCUUGCUGGGUUUUGGCCUUGACGCUUAUGUGUGUGUGGGCACCAAAGCAAAGGGGACAUCACACACGUGGGUUCUCACCCGAGGCACUGAUGGGAGUAUAACUUUUUGGGAGAGCCUGACUGCACGCAGAUACCUUCAUCAGACCGUAGACCCAGAUGCCCCACCCCUGGCCUCCCAACCUAAACCCUUGUACCCAUAUCGUACCGUGGGCUGUGUCUUCAACCACCAAAGCUUCCUGGCCAACUGUCAGCCCACUGACUCGGUGGAGCUGUGUGUCUUUGACCUCCAGAACCUAUCGCGGUGGAAAGCAAUGAGUGAAGAGGCUCUGAAGUCUGUCUGUGAUUCUGGCGCCCUCAGCUCCCUGCCGCCUCUGCCUCCACUCAUGUCCUCAUCUCUCGAUGAUUCUACCGCCAGCAAUCAGCUGGAACUGGAGAUGAGGUACCUGAUCUCCGAGCACAGGAAGGACUUGAACUUUACAACAGUCUGGGACGACGACCUGUGCUACCUGCUGUCCUCAGCAUUAUCAGCUUAUGAGAUGGAGCGCUGCCAUGGGCUCUCAUGUGGAAAUGAGGAAUUCCAGGAUGCAGUAAGACGGGCGGUGCCGGACGGGCAUACCUUUAAAGGCUUUCCCAUCCACUUCCUGCACCGCAAUGCCCGUAGGGCCUUUGCCACUUGCCUUAAGUCCCCAUUCUGUGAGGAGAUCGUGUGUUGCCGUGGUGACCAUGUGAGGCUGGCUGUCCGUGUUAGAAUAUUUAUUUAUCCAGAGAAUGUAUGUGCUGUGUGGUUUAUGUUUGCUUGUAAGUAUCGCUCUGUUCUCUGACCACCCUCAGGUGUAUGUGUGCUGUGUUGAGUGUGUUUAACGUACUUUUUAAAAAGAGAAUAUUUACAUUAUUAUGAAAGGAAAAAGUCACAGGGACACUGGAUGACUGUGUUCCAAUCCACUUAGGUUUUUGUAAAGGUUUUUUAUAUUAGCCGAAUUGACUCAUUAGUAUACAGGACAGUAUUUAUAUCUGUUGUUGUAAACGCAUAAACAUGUUUACCUUUUAGUAUCAUUGUUCUAUUGUAACAUUACAACUGGAGAAACUUGACUGAUGAUGAUCGGUCAUUAAUUUCAUGAGAAAAUGAUGUGCAUCAUGUACAGAAGUGACAAUUCUACUAAACCCAUCUUUGUCUGAGGGUGGCACACAGGCAUUUAGUGUUUCAGCAUGCUUUUUAAAAUCCAUUUUUACUUUUGUAUUCCAUACGUGUUGCUGACAAAUAAACUACUGAAAAAUAACUCUACGACACUUCACUACGACAUAUUUGUCGCGUCUGCAAUGACGUCAUCAAAGCCUUUGCUUGAUUGACUGAUAGCGUCUUCGCCACUAUUAGGCAUGCGCAUAACACGCUGUGAAUGUGUAUUUGUCUGGAAAUAAAUGUUUAAAAUAUUUUUAAAACGUCACUAUGUGGCUG